AUGAACUUUAAAGGUUUCAUUUUGAGAUUAUUAGAAAUAAAAAAUCCAGAUACCCAUUAUUUGACCCCAGUUAACCUCUUUAGUGUUCUCUUCUCACUUACACUUGAAGCACUAAAUGUGGAUGCAUUGAGCAUUAAAAUACCGAGUUUAUGCUUACGUACUCCCGAACGUCGGAAUCCGGCACAGUUAAGAAGGGUCUUACUUCUCUUUGUUUUUCUGAGUGGGUCUCUAACUGUGUCAGAGUCCGGUCGCUAUUCUGUGACUGAGGAAAAAGAGGGGGGCUUUUUAAUAGCCAACCUAGCAAAGGAUCUGGGGCUGAGGGUAGGAGAACUGGCUGAGAGGAGGGCCCAUAUUGUGUCCAAAGGGCGUAAACAGCAUUUGCAGCUCAACCAUCAAACCGGUGAUUUGCUCCUGAAAGAAAAAUUGGACCGGGAGGAGCUGUGCGGUCUUACAGAGCCAUGUCUACUAGAUUUUCAGGUAUUGCUACAAAACCCUAUGCAGCUGUUUACAAAUGAGCUCCAGGUCAUAGAUGUAAAUGACCAUUCCCCUGUAUUCCUUGAAAACGAAAUGCAGCUGAAAAUCCUAGAAAGCAGCCUACCAGGAACAACAUUUCCUUUGGGAAAUGCUGAGGACUUGGAUGUGGGAAGAAACAGUCUCCAAAACUACAAGAUCAUUCCCAACUCCCAUUUCCAUGUUCUCACGCGUAGUCGUAGGGAUGGAAGGAAAUACCCAGAACUAGUGCUGGACAAAGCGCUCGAUCGCGAGGAGCAGUCGGAGCUCAGAUUAACGCUCAUAGCGCUAGAUGGUGGUUCUCCACCCCGGUCUGGGACAGCCCAGAUUCACAUCCUGGUCUUAGACAUAAAUGACCACGCCCCCGUAUUUUCACAGUCCCUUUAUGAAGUUCAAGUUCUAGAGAACAGUCCUCUUAACUCUGUCAUUGUCACUGUCUCAGCUAAUGAUUUAGAUACAGAAUCUUAUGGGACAAUAGCAUAUGCAUUUUCCCACGCUUCUGAAGAAACUCGCAACACUUUCCAAUUAAAUCCAGUUACUGGUGAUAUACAGCUAGUCAAAUAUCUGGAUUUUGAGGUGAUUAACACCUAUGAAGUUGAUAUCGAGGCCAAGGAUGGCGGGGGACUUUCAGGAAAAUCAACAGUCAUAAUUCAAGUGGGAGAUGUGAAUGACAACCCACCAGAACUGACCUUAUCCUCAGUUAACAGCCCCAUCCCAGAAAACUCGCUUGAGACUUUGGUUGCAAUUUUCAGCAUUUCCGAUCCAGACUCUGGAGACAAUGGAAAGAUGAUGUGUUCCAUAGAGGACGAUCUUCCUUUCUUCCUCAAUCCACCCACAGAUAAUUUUUAUACUCUGGUGUCAAAGGAAGCGCUGGACAGAGAGAAGAGAGACCAGUACAAUGUUACUAUCACUGUCACUGACUUGGGUACUCCCAGGCUGAAAACCCAACACACCAUCACGGUGUGGAUUUCAGAUGUCAAUGACAACGCUCCAACUUUCAAUACAACCUCCUACACCCUGUACAUCAGGGAAAACAAUAGUCCCGCCUUGCACAUCGGCAGUGUCAGCGCCACAGACAGAGACUCAGGCACCAACGCACAAAUCACCUACUCUCUGCUGCCACCACAGGACCCGCACCUCCCCUUCGCCUCUUUGGUCUCCAUCAACGCGGACAAUGGGCACCUGUUCGCUCUGAGGUCCCUGGAUUACGAGGCCUUGCAAGCGUUCGAGUUCCGCGUGGUCGCAGCAGACGCGGGCUCCCCAGCGCUGAGCAGCGAGGCACUGGUGCGCAUGGUGGUUGUGGACGACAACGACAACUCACCCUUCGUGCUGUAUCCACUGCAGAACAGCUCUGCUCUUUGCACUGACCUGGUGCCCAGGGCUGCCGAGGUGGGCUACCUGGUGACCAAGGUGGUGGCGGUGGACAGUGACUCAGGUCAGAAUGCCUGGCUGUCCUAUCAGCUGCUCAAGGCCACCGAGCCUGGGCUGUUCAGCGUGUGGGCUCACAACGGCGAGGUGCGCACUGCCAGGCUGCUGAGCGAGCGCGACCCGGCCAAGCACAGAUUAGUGGUGCUGGUCAAAGACAAUGGCGAGCCUCCAAUGUCAACCACCGUCACACUGCACAUACUCCUGGUGGAUAGUUUCCAACAGCCCUACCUGCUGCUCCCGGAGGUGACCCGGGACAAGACCCAGACCGACUCAAUCACCGUCUACUUGAUCGUUGCGUUGGCGUCAGUCUCGUCACUCUUCCUGUUCUCUGUACUGGUAUUUGUGGCAGUGCAGCUGUGCAGGAGGAACAGGGCCACCCCAAUGCUUGAGGGCCACUUUCCUGGCCACUUGAUGGAUGUGAGCGGUACCAGGACCCUGCCCCAGAGCUACCAGUAUGAGGUGUGUUUGAUGGGAGACUCAGGAAUAAAUGAGUUCAAGUUCCUGAAGCCAAAUAUUCCCAGUGGUCUAUUUCAAGACACUGAGCAAGACUACAAGCAAGAAGAAAAUUCCAACUACAGAAAUAGCUUAGGUUUUCAUUAG